GGCAUAAGUAUCCAUGAAACCAAACAGACCCUCUUCUUCUUCUAAACAACUGUGAAACAUAAUUAAGGUUUUACAAUUAAAUUGAAAACCACACAGAAUUACAGAGAUCGAUCUGUCAUCGGAGAUUAUCCAACGCCAUGAACUCAAACAGCAUCUCUCAGCCAAACAAACCGUUACCAGCAGAAUCAGUACCCUUAUUUCAAGAAGGUCUUUUUUUAACUCUCUCUCGCUGGUCAGCUCUCCAACUCGCCGUUGAAAACGAGUGGGCCGGUAAAGGUUCGCUCCAGUUAGCCGAUCAGCUCCGGUCCGAGGUCUUUUUCUGGUUCACUCAGUCUAAUGAGGCGCUUUAUAUUGAUGAUUUAGAGGAUCUACUGGAAAAAGGAAUGGAUACUCUCAAUGUCGAGGUUGAGGAUGGCAGCGUUGAGGAGGUAGCAGAAAAACUAAUGAUUAUGCAUGAAGAGUGUUUGGAAGGUAACUAUCACUCAAUUGAAAAGUUAAGGCAAGCAGGUCCUACUACGGGAGCUCAUCAACACAUCAGACAGGCAAAUGAUGACGAUGAUGACGACGGCGAGGAUGAUGAUGAGGAUAAUGAGAAUAGCAUGGGUGAUAAUACAUCAAAUAUGAUAGUGGAUGCGUCUAAUCAUGUGGGCAUGCAGAUCAACGAGUCAAGUCGCCAGGAGGCGCAAGGAGAAGAUGGCUGGGAGGUGGUUUUGUCUAAGAAAAAUCGGGGUAGGAGGAGUUAGGUAUAGCAUCCUUUAUUUGAUAUAAUUAUUUAAUCAUUUCUUUUAGGCCAUCCCUUCUUCUCCUUGCUGCUUCAGUAUAUGUACAUGCCAAUGACAUUUGCCUCCUGAGAUUUUGCCUCCUGAGAUUUUGCCUUGUUCGAACAUAGUAUUGGCUAUACGGCUACAUGAGAUAAUAGCUCAGUAUUUAAUGUUUUGGGCACUUGAGAACCUAGCAAUUUUGCUUCGUUAUUUGUAACCUUGUAAAAAGAAAAAUGUUUCCUAUUUUCCAGUUCAUGCAAGAAACACAUUCUUUUA